UCCUUGCGUGAUCACUGUGAUCCUUGAUGCUGAUUGGCUCAGGCCAGAGCACCACCACAACACCCAUCAUGGCGGACCGCUUGUCGCAGCUGCAGGAUGCUGUCAAUCGGCAAGCAGAGAACCUAUGUAACAGCAUUGGAUGUCUCUUCAAUUCAGCACCGCCAUGCAGCUUUGACAAAAGUGGCAAGACUCCAUCACAAAAUGAAAAUCCUGAUGAUAUGACAGAACAUAAGAGAGUAUUUGCAACUUUGAUUGCUCGAAAUGCCAAAGACAUAGAUGUCCUAAUUGAGUCAUUACCAUCAGAGGAUUCUUCUGCUGAACUUCAGACAGCUAGCAUGCGUAUAUUGGAGCAGGAAGGGGAAGAAGCUGCUCAGAGACUUCAGCGAGGUAUUGAUCGAGGAGAUAAAUUGUUAGAAGAAAUUAAUAGAGCGCUUACUGAGAUUGCUAAUACCCAAUUAGCAAUUAAUCGCAUAACAGAGGCUUCUCAGGGAGACACAAUUAAAAUCUAAACAAAUUAUAUUUAAAAUACAUUUCUAUAUUAUGCCCCACUCCAUUAAAGUUGAAAAUGGGGUUAUGAAUGUGUAUGUAUAAUUCAUGUAUGUAUGUAUAUACUGUAUUGUGAAUUCUGUACCUAUUUUUUUAGGCUUUCAACUUUGUGAGUGAGUGUCCAUGUUUGAAAAAGAUUAUACAUGGAUUAACUUCAUUUACUGGUUGGAUAUGAAAAGUGAACUAGUGACAUUUAUAAUCUGUUGUUUUACUUAUUGUAUAUAAAUAAAUUUAUAUCUGCUAGCUGUUAUAUGAUGGCUUUUAGAAACAAUGAAUAUGUUAUUGCAGUGUUUUAUAUCUUUCAUGAUUCCCUCUUGUUAGCAUUAUUCAAUUUUGUAUAACACUGUUACUGAAUUUCAAAUUUUUGUCCAAUCAUCCACUAUCAUUACCCUGUAUCCUACUUUCAUGGGGUUGAGACAAAUCAGCCCAGAGUAUGGUAAAAAAUUUAGAAAUAUUUAUAAAGAAAAUUAGGCAAUUUUUACCUUCCGUAAAAAAAAUUUUCAGUCUUUCAACUGCUGAGUUCCCAACACACCUCUGUACAGUGGUGCAGGGAAUGCAAAGCUCUCAAUUCUACACAAUGGUGAAUAGUGGGAAUGUAAAUAGUGAUGCAGUAGUUGUGAACAAGUGAUAUGAUAUUAAGGCCACUGUAUAUCUGAUAACAUCUUAGUCUAAAAUAGUUUCAUAAUGCUAGGUUCUUCUUUCCUUUUAAUCAGCUAGCUUUUGAAAGAUAGUUAAGUACGUGACCAAAGAUAAACAAAAGGAAUACUGUGUGGUACUUACUAAGGUGUUUUGUGUAUUACAGUCGCACUGUACAACUAAAAAAAUUUCAACAAAUUUUCCUUACAUUGGUUUGCUGAUUUUUUGUUGACCUAUUUUUUUGUUUUUUAUUUACAUUCAUUACAUUACAUUAUUUUACAUUACAUUAUUAUACAUUACAUCACAAUUACAUUACAUUAUAUUUUAUUCUCUCUAUUAAGAGAGAGAAUCCCCUUUUCAUAUUUAUAAUAAUCAGUAUAGGACUCAAAAUGGUGAAUGAAUAUGCACACACACACUUACAUAUAUGUAAAGUAUAUUUUUUAAACUAUCUUACUUGAAUACAUGUUACUAAAUAUGACAAAGGUGUAGAUUCAUGAUUCUGGCAUGAAUCUUUUCUUUUUAUUUCAUAUAGUCUUCACUUGGGAAGGAAGGUUAAUUUUAGUUAAUUCUUGGUUAAUUUUUCAACUUUCUUCCUAAGUGAAAAACAUAAGAAAUAUGUGCUAGAAUCAGUGUUCUGACACAACUAUCUGUAUUGAUCUACAUAUUGUACACAUUAUAAAAUAAUGGAAUGUACCUUAUUUGUGUAAAAAAAUACUCAACUUAAAAAUAGGUGUUAGUGUGAGGAUUUGAAGGAGGCAUAAUUGCUGACAUUUGGUAUUCCUGCAUAGAGUGACAUUUUGAUGGACAGAGGUCCUGUGUGAACAUUGUUACUUGUACUGUACAAAGAUAGAGGUUACCAAUAACAGCCUAAUCCUGAUUUUGGCUACCAGCGCAAUUUUUACAGUCAAAAGAGAAGUGCCCUUCAACAUUCUACUGUGUGGCAUUUAGCAUCAUUGGAGACAUCAUCAGCUUGCUUUAUCUUUAUUUCAAUCUUGGUGCCUGUAUAUACUCCUGAGUUAAUAAAAGUACAGUGUGAUA